AUGAAUCGAUUUGAUUGGAAUAAACUUUCACCUGACGAGUUUCAACGUCUACAAGACUAUAUAUCAUAUGCACCGAAGAAAGUCAAAGAUGUUGUAGCUAUUCUUGAAAAAGAUGAGAAAUGGUUGAGCCAUAAAUACGAAGAACAACUUGACUAUACAGGCUUUCGACAGUUUUUGGAUCUACUUGUCGACAAUGCUGAUAUACCAGAAGAGUUAUGUCGACAUUUAUUUCUAUCAUUCAUCAAAAGACCUCCACCCAUCGUUCCGCUUGAUACAUCAUCGGCUAUUAGUGUUCUUCCACUAGCCACAUCAACGUUGCCAAUCACAACCACAUCGACCACAGCGUCAGCAACAACUGCUCCAUUACCUUUAUCAUCGUUUUCAUUUUUUCGAGCGAAAAAACCUAUAGAUGACCUUGCCAACGAUCCGAAAACCCGCUCGGGUAUAUGUCAUAGUGGUAAAGAAAGUCUUAUGCGUCGAGGUAAUUCCCACGAUCAGCACCAUGAAUCACCUGGAAAUUCUCGACAGUCAUCAAGAAAAUCUAAUCCUUCCAUCCAUUCGAUUCAUUCAUUGCAUAAUAAUGUGGUAACCACUGUUAAUAAUUCCGAUGAUCCAUGGGUCUUUCGUGCGUCUCUUUCGCAAUUACUAAAUAGAAUCUCCGGGAAUGAACUUCUACGUGAUAAUCAUCAUCUCCAUCAUCUAACAGCAGCCCAACAACAGGCAGCGAUGGUUCAAUCUCAGCAGAUUGAUAUCAAUACAACACGAAUCUACUUAAAAGAUAUUAUCUGCUAUUUCUCAUUACUAGAAGGUGGAACUCCCGAGCAGAAACUCGAAUUUAUGUUCAUGUUAUAUGAUGAAGAUGGAAACGGUAUACUUGAUAAACGGGAAACUGAUUCAAUUGUUAAUCAAAUGAUGAAUGUUGCUGAAUAUCUCGGCUGGGAUGUAUCUGAAUUAAGACCAAUUCUCGAAGCUAUGAUGAAAGAUAUUGAUUAUGAUAAUGACGGCGAAGUCACACUAAGCGAAUGGAAGCGAGGCGGAUUGACUACCGCACCACUUCUUGUUUUGCUCGGACUAGAUUCGAAUGUCAAAGAUGAUGGAACACAUUCCUGGAGAUUGAAGCAUUUCAAUAAACCAGCAUAUUGUAACCUUUGUUUAACUGUAUUGGUUGGCUUGGGUAAACAAGGUUUAUGUUGUACAUUUUGUCGAUAUGUUGUUCAUGAACGUUGUGCUAAUCGCGCUCCGCCGAAUUGUAUUUCUACAUAUGCUAAAGCCCGUAAACCUGAUACAAUCAUGUUACAUCAUUGGGUGGAAGGCAAUUGUGCCGGAAAAUGUGAUCGAUGUAGAAAAUCAAUUAAAACCUAUGGCAUAACAGGCCUGCACUGCCGAUGGUGCCAAAUGACAGUACACAAUAAAUGUGUGUCGCAAUUGAAAACCGAAUGUACAUUAGGACAAAAUCGAGACCAUAUUAUUCCACCGAUCUGUAUAUGUCCAGCUGUUUUGGAACGACAGAAACCUUCACGAAGUGGAAAUGAAGUUAAAAAAGAAGAUUCGUGUGUGGAAGGAUCGAUACAAUCGUUUCAAAUCAACCCUCUGCCAAACACUCAUCCUUUGCUUAUUUUUAUUAACCCGAAAUCAGGUGGUAAACAGGGAGAACGCAUUAUGCGUAAAUUUCAAUAUCUUCUCAAUCCUCGUCAAGUGUUCAAUCUGGCUAAGUCCGGACCAAUGCCAGGAUUACAAUUCUUCAAAGAUGUUGAAGAUUUCCGUGUGCUCUGUUGUGGUGGUGACGGAACUGUCGGUUGGGUACUGGAUGUGAUGGAUCGCGUACCCCUUUGUCGUCGUGCUCCUGUCGCUGUUCUUCCCUUAGGCACUGGCAAUGAUCUAGCUCGAUGUUUAGCAUGGGGCGGUGGAUAUGAGAAUGAAAGCUUAACGAAAGUUUUAAAGAAAGUUUCACAAGCCCCGGUGAUCAUGCUCGAUCGAUGGCAAAUCGAAUUUAGUACUCAGACAGAUACAGAAGAGAAAGGCGAUGAUAUUCCGUACAAUAUAAUCAAUAAUUAUUUUUCUAUUGGCGUUGAUGCUUCGAUUGCUCAUCGAUUUCAUUUGAUGCGUGAAAAGCAUCCUGAAAAAUUCAGUAGCAGAAUGAAAAAUAAACUAUGGUAUUUAGAAUUCGGUACUUCGGAAGCUUUGUCCUCAACCUGUAAAAAUUUACACGAAGAUAUUGAUAUAAUGUGUGAUGGUAUAUCGCUUGAUCUGUCGAAUGGACCAUCAUUAGAAGGCAUUGCUCUAUUAAAUAUUCCAAGUAUUUAUGGUGGUACGUCACUGUGGGGCGAGGGUAGUCGACACAAAAAUCGCAAAACACCAUUAAAUUUUCAUCGCAAAGACUCGGAAUAUUCCACAAGUUCAACGUCAGAUAUGACAUUUGUUCUACAAGAUGUAGGAGAUAGACUAAUAGAGGUUGUUGGUGUACAGUCAGCUAUCCAUGCUGGAUCGAUCUAUGCUGGUGUACGAUCAAGUGCGAAACGGCUUGGUCAAUGUUCAUCAGUUGUUAUCAGAACUCACAAAAGUUUUCCGAUGCAAAUCGAUGGUGAACCAUGGUUACAACCACCAUGUACGAUUUCCAUAACUCAUAAAAAUCAAGUACCAAUGUUAAUGGCACCUCGAAAAGAACAUAAAAACGGUCUCUGGCGUUUCUUUCGCAAAUAG